UUGGCUUCAGUUGUUUGUCUCCACCUCUUUGUCACAGCUAACCUGUAUAGCUGUUCUGGAGUUAAGAGAGGCCAGACACAGAUGUCAUGGCAGACAAUGAGGAUGCAUUGCGGGCCAUGCAGAACUGUUUCCACAGUCAGUUUAGUGUGGAUGAGGCUGAGUACGAGGACAUUGAGGAAAACAGGAGAACAUCUGUUGAUGAAGACAGUAUCUAUCUUGGCUGCACACUGUCACAAUCCUUCAUCCCUGAUUUUCACCACUCACCUGUUAUCAAGAUGGGCUGGCUGCACAAGACUCCGCCUCAGGGGACCCUUGUUUUCCAGAAGCGUUGGGUGAUGUUGGAUGCACAGUACCUUCGAUACUUUCAAAAUGAGAAGGAGGUCUACUCAAAGCGGAUCAUAGCCAUACUGUCUGUCACUAAAGUGCUUAAUGUUGGAGGACAGAAGUUUGAGGUGGUGACAAGGAACAGGACUUUCUUGUUCCGUGCUGAGAACAACACCGUCAGGGAGGAAUGGGUGUCAGUACUGAAAGAGACUAUUCAGCAGCAUUGUAACAGCAUGGAGAAGUCCCUUAUGAACUUCAGUGAUACGUGUGGACAGCGUGCUAGUAGAGUCCCGCUCAUUAGUAAGCAAGGAUACCUGGAGAUGAGUGGACUGCGCUCCAAGCUCUAUGUAGUCAUCUGUGCCGACAGUGUUUUCCUCUAUAGGAACGCUGAGGAGCACAGCCAGGGUGUUGGCAUCACCUCCAUUGAGAUGAAUUUGGGUACUGUGAAGGGCACAGACAAACGGUCCUUCAACCUCACCACCAUCUACAGGACAUUCAGUUUUGUGGCCGAGUCGGAGCAGCAGAGGGAGCAGUGGGUUGAGGCCCUGCAGGCCUGUGUCAGUCACUCUCUGUCCAGCAACGCGGUGGCCCAGAAGAUCUGGUCUGAGGAGGCCAACCAGCGCUGUGCAGAUUGUGGCGCCCCCCACCCAGACUGGGCCUCUGUCAACCUGUGUGUGGUCCUCUGCAAAUGCUGUGCAGGGGUGCACAGGGGCCUGGGCCAGAGUGUGUCCAAAGUCCGCAGUCUGAAGAUGGAUGAAAAUGCGUGGACUGAAAAUCAGCUGUUCCUGUUGCUAGGUAACGACAAAGUAAACCUUUUCUGGGCAGCUAACAUUCCACCAAGUGAGAUGCUCUGUCCAUCAAGUGACAGUGAGGAGCGCCAGCGCUUUGUUACUGCCAAGUACUGCCAGGGGAAAUACCGCUGCUACCAUGCACUGUUUGGCCAACAGGAAGCCCUCAACAAAGCUCUGUGCAACACCAUUCAGACAGGUGAUGUAUUGGAGACUCUGUCGCUGGUGUUCUGUGGAGCAGAUGUGAACUGUUAUACAGGUGAUCCAGAGCUGCCCAGCCCUGUGUCCGUGGCCCAGCACUAUGGACAGACACUUCAGGUGGAGUUCCUCACUCACAACCACAACACAGAGCUCCCAGGGUCAAGGGCUGGAGAUCACACAAUCUUAGAGGCUGCUCACCCCAUCUCACACACUGGGUAUCUGUUCAAGACUGCCUCCUCAACACGAGCCAUUACAGAGCGCAAAUCUAAAGGAGAUUUUAGUCGUCGCUGGUGCUCUUUGAACCAAGGUAACUUCAGCUACUAUGAGAGUGAGAAGAGCUCCAGCCAGAGUGGACAGAUGAAGAUGAGUGAUGUCCUUUGUCUGGUGGUCAAUCCCCAAGGGAAACAUGGUUAUGGUCAUUCCUUUGAGCUGUACCAUGACUCUGGGAGAGUCUACCUGUUUGGAGAGGAUUCCCCUGACACUGUGAGGGAGUGGAUCAAGGUCAUUGUCAAGGCCCUGGUCCCCCCUGUAGCAGAGGACCUGGUGGGCUGGUCCUUUGAGCGGGUGGGCCGGCUGCGCUACACUGUGGGCCAGAGCUUCCAUUGUCCUUGCCUGGGCUGGUUCUCCCUGGGGGGCUCCAGACUGCUCCUCCUCCUCCACGGAGAAGACCAAGUGGAUAACAUCGACCUGCGAAAACUACAGGAGCUCUCCGUGGAGCAAGAAGCUGCUGCUGUGGUGCUGGUGGACAGAGGCAGGAGGCUGCGUUUGGAGGGGGACAGAAGGCCUGACUACCAGGGCUGGCUGAGUGGCAUCCAGCAGGGCUUAGGGAGAGGAGACGGCCCCCUGGACCAGCAGCAGCUUACUGAGACAGAAGUCCCUGUCAUUGUGGACCGCUGCAUUAGCUACAUCACACAACAUGGUUUGAAGUCAGAGGGCAUCUAUCGGAGGUGUGGUGUGAACUCUAAGAUCGCCGCCCUGCUGCUCUCUCUCCGCCAUGACGCCCGUCAGGUUCGUCUGAGUGAAGGGGUGUGCCAGGUGGAUAAUGUGGCCAACGUCCUGAAGAGAUUCCUCAGGGAAGUGGGAGAGGGGGUUUUCAAUGGCCAUCAGGCCUCUCUGCCAUGGCUCCAUACCACUACUGUCAGUGAGAGAAGAGAGAGAGUGUCCCAGUACAAGGCCCUCCUCCACAGCCUCCCCCCAGUCAACAGAGCCACUCUGGGGGCUGUCAUCAACCACCUCUACUGCGUUCAGUGCUUUGCAGAUGAGAAUCAGAUGAACAUGCACAACCUGGCCAUUGUGUUUGGUCCCACGCUCUUCCAGACGGACGGCACUGAUAACAGCGCAGGACAGGUGGUAGAGGAGCUCAUCCAGAACUACCAGGAUAUCUUCAAUGUGAAUGCUGAGCAGCUUCAGAGGCAGCUGGACAUGAUCUCUCAUGUCAUCAAAGCACAGGAGGAUCACGCCGAGGAGGGGACCCCCUCACCUCUCACCAUCUGUGGGAUUUACCUGGAGAGGAAGGAGGAGGGCUCUGAGCUGCUGGUUCAGAUCUCCCAGGCAGUGAGUGCUGAGGAGCUAGUGUGUGAGGUCCUGAGACGCGGGAACAUCCCUCCACAGCAGGGGGACUAUUGGAGCUGCUUCCUGGUCAAUGACAACCAGGAGAUGGAGCGUCCAUUGCACUACCAGGAACGAGCGCUGGCCAUCUAUUUCUCUCUGGGUAAAGACUGUCACCUGGUGGUCAAGCGGAACUGCUACAUGGAGGCCAUGUUAAUCUACAUAGCUGCCAUGGUAGACGUGUCCAGAAACAGCAUGAUUAAGUUCAGUGAUGAGAAGGGUCAGAGGGGGAAGAGAACCUUCAGCAGACGCCUCUGUGUACUCGAUGGCACCUCUCUCAGGCUCUACAAAGAAGUAAAGAGUACUCAGCCUGAGAGGGAAUGUCAAGUCCAUGCUCUGAAAGUCUACUAUGGCAUCAAGAAGAGGCUACAGCCACCAUCAUGCUGGGGGAUGACUGUAGUGUGUGAGCAGGCAGAACAAGACAAACAGCAGUGGUACCUGUGCUGUGAAUCAAAGAACGAAUUGAUCAAGUGGCUGGCCACUUUUAUGAACCUCCAGCACAAUAGUGACCUGUGUCCUGCAGCUUCCAGGCCAGAUUCCUGAUCUAAGGCAGAAGGGGAAAUAACCUAAUCCUGGUUUUCCAUCACAGAAGUAUCUUCCAGAUACUUUUUCGCAUCUUCAAUUCUUCUGAAAAUAUUUUUCAACAAAUUAUUUUAAGUUAAUAACCACAAAUAAUGUCUUUCUCUGUUAUAAUGGUUGAUUUGACCCUAUUUCUACCCCACAGCUACAGUAUAGCCCUCACACACACUCAUUAUACCUAGCAAGAGCAGAGACAGUUUCAUUCUACAGUAUAGCCCUCACCCACACCCAUUAUACCCAACAAGAGCAGAGACAGUUUCAUUCUACAGUAUAGCCCUCACCCACACCCAUUAUACCCAACAAGAGCAGAGACAGUUUCAUUCUACAGUAUAUUGAAAUGAAAACAUACAGACCUUAGGGUAAUAGUAGGGGAAGCAGUAUAGAACUACACUACAACAACAAACUCAAACAAAAAUAUUAGAGGCACGUGAGAAAAAUAAUCUAAAUGUCAUGUUGACUUUGAAGCUCCUUUGAUUGGGACAUAAUGACAAGGUUGGAGAGCUGCAGUCGUAAAACCAUCUAAGUUUAGACACCGAGCAUUCUGUGCAUGUCAUUAUGGUAACAGUGGUGGUCAGUAAUUAUUGGAGAGCAGGAUUUCAACCCUGUCAUUACUCAAGACCACAGCUUGUUGCAUUACAGUGAUGCGCAGUUUAUCACUUUUAUUAAUGGACUAAUCCUUUAACAGUACCUUAACAUAAAAAUGAAUCUGAGGGAAGGUUAGCCAGACACCGCCCUUAGAGCAGGGAAAGAAGACUGAUCUUGUUGCUGUUAUCCAGUGCCUGGCUGGUCGAAGCCCAAGAGGUUUCUCUCUCUAGGCUGAUUAUGAAUUGGUAUCUGAAAACCUUAUUGUGAUUAAGCAAUGUUGAUAUCAUUGUAUGUCAUUCAACAUUUAAACUGUGUCUUUUGAAUACAAUGUGUAUAGUUUUUAUAUUUCUUAAAAUCAUUAUCCUACCAUUCAUUUGAUGUCUGAAGUCAGGAUGCUUUGGCACUUCAAACCUGCUCGACUUGAUUGGUUGAUUUUUUCUAUUUUGUUAUUGACUGUACGUUUGUUUAUUCCAUGUGUAACUCUGUGUUGUUUUUGUCGCACUAAUUUGCUUUAUCUUGGCCAGGUUGCAAUUGUAAAUGAGAACUUGUUCUCAACUGGCCUACCUGGUGAAAUAAUAAAAAGCAAAAAGCAUUGAUGA